AUGGGUGCUCCAGAGGUUGAGGUGCCCAUCGCGAACCUAGACGGCAAGGAUACAGGAGCAAAGAUUGAGAACCUAGAAUCCGCCUCAGCAAGCUCGCAAGAUCUCUCCUUCGACAAGAAGGCUACCAGCAGGUUGAUCAGGAAGAUCGACUGGACCCUGCUGCCAUUCCUGGCUCUCCUCUACCUUCUUAGCUUCCUCGAUCGAACAAACAUCGGGAAUGCCAGAUUGGCAGGACUCGAGGCGGACCUUGGAAUGAGCGGCUUGGACUACAACGGCGCCCUGGCGAUAUUCUUUCCAUUCUAUGUCGCCGUCGAACCCAUUUCGAACUUGAUGAUGAAGAGAACUCGGCCUUCGCUGUGGAUUCCGUCCAUCAUGGUCGCAUGGGGAGUUUGCACAACCCUCAUGGGACUCGUCACCAACUUCGGUGGCCUGCUUGCCGCUCGUGCCGCACUAGGUAUCGCAGAGGGAGGGUUAUUCCCAGGCGUCACUUUUUACAUCACCAUGUGGUACCGCCGCCACGAAUGUGGUCUGAGAAUGGCCAUUUUCUUCUCCGCUGCCACGGCAGCUGGUGCUUUCGGUGGCCUCUUGGCACGUGGUAUUACUGAAAUGGACGGAGUUGGCGGCAAAGGCGGCUGGGCCUGGAUCUUUAUCCUUGAGGGUCUCGUCACCUUUGCCGUUGCCAUCCUCGCCUUCUGGGUGAUGAACGACUACCCGUCCACUGCCAAAUUCCUUACUCCCGAAGAGCGACACGAAGUCUCCCGUCGUCUUGAACAGGACCGCAGCUCGCUCGCAGACGAGUACGACAUGAAGUACUUCUGGGAUGCCGUCAGGGACUGGAAGAUCUGGGUCCACAUGUUCAUCACCAUUGGCGUCUACACCCCGUUGUACUCAUUCUCCCUCUUCCUGCCCACGAUUGUCAAGACCCUCAACUAUACCAACGAGACGGCGCAGCUCAUGACGGUGCCUCCCUACAUUGUCGCCUGCUUCUUAUGCAUCACCGGUGGCUUCGCGGCGGACAAGCUCAAGACUCGCGGCGUUUUCAUGAUCGGCUUCAACAUCACGGCCAUCAUCGGGCUCAUCAUGCUCAUCUCCUCGCAGAACCCUCACGUCAAAUACGCGGGAUGCUUCUUCUUCGGAGCCGGCAUCUACCCCAACGUGCCUCAAGGUGUGGCCUGGAACGGGAACAACAUCGGCGGCUCGGUGAAGCGAGCGGUCGGUAUUGCCAUGCAUGUCGGGUUCGGCAACCUCGGUGGCAUCAUCGCCGGCUUCAUCUACUUGAGCGAAGACUCUCCCAAGUUCACCAAGGGCCAUGCCAUUCUCAUCGGGAUGCUCACCAUGAGCACGUGCCUGCAGAUCUUCAUGACCAUCUACCUACGGCGCGAGAACGCUCGCCGCGACGCCGAGUACAAGAAGCCGGACCAAUACUCUGCCGAAGACAAGGUUGCGGAGCGAGAGAAGGGAGACAACGCCACCUUCUUCCGGUACACUGUGUAA